AAUAUAAUUAAAUGGUUAGCAGAUUAAGAAAAUGUAGAAAGAUGAGAGGACAUGUCUGCCAUGGUUAUGGUAGAGUUGGUAAACAUAGAAAACAUCCAAGUGGUAGAGGUGUUUCAGGAGGUUUGACACAUCAUAGAAUCAACUUCAAUAAAUAUCAUCCAGGAUAUUUCUAAAAAGUAUCUAAAUCAAUUAUAAAUAGACUGGAAUGAGACAUUUCCAUUUAAAGAAGAACACACUUCAUAAACCAGUUGUUAAUAUUGACAAAUUAUGGUCUCUUGUUACAGACGAAACUAGAGAAAAAUAUUCCAAAUCAAAAGAUAAGGCUGCAGUCAUUGAUGUUACAAAGGCAGGUUAUUUCAAGGUUUUGGGUAAAGGAAGAUUACCAAAUCAACCAGUUGUUGUCAAGGCUAAAUUCUUCAGCAAAACUGCAGAGAGAAGAAUCAAGGCUGUUGGUGGAGCAUGUAUACUUGUUGCCUGAUACAUUAUAUACAUUAAAACAACAUUUGUCAAUGUCUUUAGA